CAACCUAACCAACGUGAUAAUGGCUACUCCAAACUCUCUUCCACCUGCAGGAAUCGACUACUUUUCCCAUCAGACCUACCAGGAAACUGCCAAGUUUCUGACAGAUCGUCUUCCCGACUCUCUUAAAAAGAUCCAAGUCGGCAUUGUCUGUGGUAGUGGUCUUGGUGGUCUCGUAAAGGGUCUUGAAGCACCUACUGUUGAGUUUGAAUACAAGGAUAUUCCCAAUUUUGCUACCAGUACAGUUCCUGGUCAUGUUGGUAAACUUGUGUUUGGUAUGCUUUCAGGAAAGCCAGCAGUCUGCAUGGUUGGUCGCAAACAUCUUUACGAAGGGCAUUCCUUGUUGCGUACAGUGUUUCCUAUUCGUAUCAUGAAGCUUUUGGGAGCCAGCACACUGAUGGUGACCAAUGCAGCUGGAGGUCUUAAUCCAGACUUUAAGAUUGGAGAUAUCAUGAUCAUUGCUGAUCAUGUUUCCUUUGCAGGUCUUGCAGGACAGAAUCCACUAAUUGGCCCAAACAUGGACGAGUUUGGAACUCGCUUUCCUCCAGUAAGCGGAGCAUUUGAUUUUGAUCUCCGAGUACUAACAGUCAAGGCAGCGCAUGAAUGCAACAUUCCAUUGGAAUAUCUGCGAGAAGGAACGUAUACGUUUGUAUCUGGACCAAGCUUCGAGACUCGUGCCGAGGCCAGAUUUUUGCGAGAUGCACUGAGGGCAGACUGUGUAGGAAUGUCAACGAUUCCCGAAGUAGUUGUAGCAAAACAUGCAGGAAUGAAGGUACUUGGACUCAGUCUAAUUACCAACAAGGUGUCUGUAGGUAGAGGACGCAGUGCACUGAAUGGAAAUGCCGUCAACGACGAACUCCAGCUGGCCAGCCAUGCAGAAGUUCUGGCCACCAGCACUGAGCGAUCGCAAGACUUUCAACGUCUCGUACAAAAGAUUGUCCAACUUAUGCCUCAAGAAUGAGAUUAAACAUUGAAACCAUUUUGAAUUU